AGUCCCAGCAUGCUCCACGCGGCUUCCGGAACGCCCUGCGGCCGUAGUAGGUGCGGGUCGCAUGAAUGGAGCGCCGGGUUUAAAGCCAAGUUUGGCACCGUCCGCACCACCGGUACCUGCUUCUCGGAGCGUGAGUGCGGGCCGUGAGCCGUGCGCCUGCGCGCUCGGGGGGAGGACGCCAGCUCGGCGCGUCGGCCUGCGACGGACUCGUGGCUGCUGAAGUUGGCGGCGGCGCCGCGCGCCGGACGGGCCGGUAGUUACUGGGCCUCCCGCCUAACGUCCCAGGGGCUGCGGGCAGCCGUGGCGGCCGCCGGGGACCGCAAGGGGCGGAGGAAAGGAGGGGGCCGGCCCCGGCUCGCGGACGAUCCACCGAGCAUGCCCCGAGACAACAUGGCUUCCUUAAUCCAACGGAUAGCCCGCCAGGCUUGCCUCACCUUCCGGGGCAGUGGGGGCGGCCGCGGCUCUUCCGACCGCGGCGCGGCCUCGGGUGCCGAGGUGCCGAUGCCUCCCGGUUUCCCGGAGAACCUGAGCAAGCUGAAGAACCUGCUGACCCAGGUCCGCGCCGAAGACCUGAACAUUGCCCCGCGCAAGGCCACGCUGCAGCCCCUGCCGCCCAGCCACCCGCCGGUCACCUACAUGCACAUCUACGAGACGGACGGCUUCAGCCUCGGCGUGUUCCUGCUCAAGAGCGGCACCUCCAUCCCGCUGCACGACCACCCGGGCAUGCACGGCAUGCUCAAGGUGCUGUACGGCACCGUGCGCAUCAGCUGCAUGGACAAGCUGGAGGCGGGCGGCGGGCAGCGGCCGCGGGCUCCGCCGCCCGAGCAGCAGUUCGAGCCGCCGCUGCAAGCCAAAGAGCGGGAGGCCGUGCGGCCGGGGGUCCUGCGCUCCCAGGGCGAGUACACCGAGGCCAGCGGCCCCUGCGUCCUCACGCCGUACCGGGACAACCUACACCAGAUCGACGCGGUGGACGGGCCCGCCGCCUUCCUGGACAUCCUGGCUCCGCCCUACGACCCAGAUGAUGGCCGAGACUGCCACUAUUACCGGGUGCUGGAGCCCAUCAGGCCCAGAGGGGCCUCCGGCUCGACCAGUGACCUGCCUCGAGAAGUGUGGCUCCUCGAGACCCCGCAGGCCGAUGACUUCUGGUGCGAGGGAGAGCCCUAUCCAGGUCCUAAGGUCCUGCCCUGAAGCCACCGGCCCCUGGGCGCGGUGGGCUGAAGAUGUCCCCUGCUCCGGAUCAGGGCCUGGCUGCCCACCACCCCGCCACAAGGGCUCUCCCCUUCUCCCGAUCUCCUGCGCGCUCUCUGUCUCUGUCUAUCCCUCCCUCUCCCCUCCCUUUUUCCCCUCCCCACACUCCCUUACUUCCUUCUGCUCCCUCUGCCCUCUAGCCUGGGUGUUGGAUCCUCCUGGAGGGACAGGGAUAGUCCAGCUUCCUCAGCAGCCUCUAGAAACUAGAGUGACCGGACUGGUUAUAGGGUCAGGGUGGGCAGGAGGAGGCAGGGUUGUUUUGGGUACUGUCAGCUGCCAUCAAAGCUUUGAUUGGGGAGAGUUGGGCAGGAACUCUCCGAAGCGCUUCCAUCUCAAGCCAUAAUGAAAAUAUUCUUCCCAUUUUCCAUACUGUACCAAUACAUUAAGUGGUGCCCUCCCGCCCCCCCCCAACACACAUCUUUCACUAAAUAGGGAUUGCUUUCUUCUCCCUGCCCUUUCGACCUUUUCGCCCUUACAGUUUUAACUUAUUACUGUGCAUGACCCAGUAGUUUGGAUUGUUUUAGUUUUCAGUUCAUUGGUAAAAACUGGGUUGCCAUGUGAGCUACUUUUUAAAAAGUGAGAUACCCUCACUAUCCUAAUUCCCUAUGAAAAUUAAGUCAUCUGUUCCAGUUUGGGGAUCACCCCCAAGACUUAACUAUGCAUGUCGAGGAUAAAGUUUGUAAUUUUUCCUCCUUUGAUCCUAUAACAUCUGGUUAUUCAGGUGGUGUCUACUAAGAAACCAACACCUUCCUAUUUCAGUGGGAGCUGAUUCCUUACAGCUUAUCGUCCCCAGAAGUCUGGAGUCCAAAUUUGCCAGUUGAGAUAUUUUUUUUUCCCCUUUGGUUGUAGAUUCACCAUUAAUGCAAAAACUAUUAUCCUCAAGUCUCGUUUCCUUUGUCUUAAUAUACUUUAAUAGGUGUUAGGGCCAUUCUAACAAGAAGAUUCAGAGGAGCUGAAUCUGCUAUGCUUCCAAAUAAUUGAAUGUAAGACUCUUAGCCAAGCUGUUGAAUUCUACACCUGCUACUUCCAAUAUCUUCCUGUAAAAAGGUAGAAAAAUUAUGUUGAUGGCUGUUUCAUGUUUUUUCAAGAACUCUAGCAUUCAGAGGGGCUGUUUCCAGCCGAAUUGCUAGUGAUGUUUUCUCAGCUUCUCAGAGAACCAAUGCUGGCUCCAAUGACAAGUUUUCAAUAGAUACAGGUAAUCUAGGCCAGAAAACUUGAGCAUUAACUAUUAGCUGUUUUAAAGCUCCAAAAUUUGGGAUUAAACACUUCCCACUUUGAACUCUUGGAAUGAACAGUUGUGCUAUCUAUACUUUUGUUUUAUUUCUGUCCUUUCCCUAGUCUGAGCAACUUUACCUUGUUUACAAGUGUAUUGACACCAUUUGCUUCAGCCUACGGAGCACUGUUUUCCCUUUUUACUAUUUAUAGGAUUCCUUUUAUUCACAAAACUUUUCAUGAGAACAAACUGUAGAAAUAAACACACUAAAAUUUGGCCAGCUGUCGUCUAAGCCCUCUUGAUUGACUUGCCCCAGUGGCAGUAGUUCUAAUAUUUGUAAAAGGGAGAUUUACUAUUACUGGUGGAAAGUGUUGACUCUGGGAAACCAAUAUGUGCUUUGCCGCUGCAUUAUGGAGGGCAGGGUUUAGGAGUAUUUAUUCCAUUUUUAAUAGUAUGAAGGAGCAAACCCAUGGAGAAUGAUCUUUAAAAAAAAAAAGUAACUUACUCCGCAUAACAUGCUACUAAACCCUGUUGUAACACAUAACACAGGCAUGAUUCAUUAAUUUUGUUCAGGGUUGCUAAAAUGGUAGUUUCACAUUGUGUGGUUUAAAAUUCCUUGGAGACAGUGUGAAGCAGCUCAGCCUGCCAUUCACUUUGAAAACCAGUGGUGAUAGACAAAUGAUUUUCUUAGCCUCACAAGUUUUUUUUCACAGCACAGCAAUGAUUGUGUAUGUCUUUGAAUUACAUUGUUGAUGUGCAAAAAUUACUUAAUGUAAAUGUAGUAUAAUAUAAAGUAUAUUAAACUACUUUAUAGAAACUCAUCCUGAAAACAGGUUAGUAAUAAAAGAAUUAUUAAGGACUUUAUUACCAAGAAACCAAAAAGUAUAAAGUUUUCAAUUAUAAGCAAUUUAGAAGAAAACUAGGUGCUUUUCAAAAGAUUGACUGAGAAAACAAUGUGAUAUCUUUUGGAUCUAGAUCAGUAAGAACAGUGAAAUUUUUGAUUCAUUGAGUAAAUGUUGUAAACAAAAUAACUUGUUUUAAUGAACACAUGCUGAGAGAAUAUGCGCAUAACAAAGACAAAAUGCAGAAGAAAAAAAACCUCACCUCUAUGCAUAAACUAUUAAUCAUAACUGACUUGAUGUUGCUGCUAUUGUGUUUUCAUGUAGUCCUGAAAGGCAGAUUGUUUUAGUAACGGCUAUAGGAUAGAAGUUACCUUCCCGUUGGAAAGACUAAUGAGCACAAUGGUAUUACUUUUCUGUUGAAUAAUAAAUGCAAUAAUUGCCUCUCGUGGAUGAGAAAUUGUCUAAAUACUUCUGAAGCUUUUAAGUUUUCUAACUGUAUCAGUGACCAGUUAUAUCAAUAUGAAAUUUUGUGUACCUACAUAUAUACUACUUUCAGAAAUGAUUAUUAUUAAGCUUGAUUUGAUGGCUUGACUUUAUAACAAAUGGUGUUUAUUAAAGAAAAUGAUAGUCUGCUUUUUAAGCAAUGUGUUUUAUUAAUAAGAGUAAGUUUCCUGAGCUUUCAGCAUGAAUAGCCCUUCUCCCAAAAUGUGUACGUUUUAUUUUCCCACCUUCUAUUGUCACCUUAUAGGUGCCUUAGUCUUGGCUUAUCAGGAGGACUCUGAUGGCUCCUCUGUUGCAAAUGAUUUCUGGAUCUUGUGUGUUUUAAUACUGUGGCCCAGCAAAGAAGCAAUGUAUCUUUAAUUCAGACCUUUUCCCAUUGCUAUUCAAUUCUGUCCUGAGAACAGUUACUCCUGCAACUGCCGGUCUGAAUUCAGAACUCGGGAUCCUGGGAAGCUGCUCAGUUCCAUUGUACUGAGGCUCCCACCAGCAUAGAUGAAACUUUUAAUGAUACUGAAUCUUUGAAUCCAAGUUUACACUUCCCAUUAAAAAUCAGUGUGUUUAUGGAAAAUAAAGAUGUGUUUAAAAUUA